ACUGACGCAGACGCACAAGCGUCUCACCCAACCAACGCCGCUUCCACUUUUGCAGCAGUCUGGCGUGCACGGGCUCCACAUUGAAACCUCGCUAAAAAGUGCUUGCCACAAUAUUUCUAUUAGGUCAUUUCCUACUUGCGCGAAAUGCCGAUUGGACUCAGGCGAUGGAUGCGGUGAAGUUGCCGUCGCCGGUCCGAAGUGAGGAGCCGCGUGGAGAAAGCCCCCUAUUUUGUCUCGAGUGGGAUACUUCAUCGAGAAUUCAUCUGAACUUUAAGCGGGCAUCUCUCCGUGAGGAGUGUCUCUGAGACUCUUUAAUUCGACCAAGCCUGACAGCAACUCGGGCUCACAAGUUCGGAUUUAGAAGAACUAAGUGUAACCACAACGCGCAUUCAAAGUCUGGAAUACUCCGACUGCUGCUUCUUUGAAUGAUGCCUGCCCGUUCCAAGGGGAUUUAUUGGCUUUUGGCAUUUCUGCACCUUUGUUCAGGGUCUCGUCUUCGCCAAGAGGACUCCCCUCCCCGCAUCGUUGAGCACCCCUCUGACCUGAUUGUGUCCAAAGGGGAACCAGCCACUCUCAACUGUAAAGCAGAAGGCCGUCCGCCACCUACGGUGGAGUGGUACAAGGAUGGGGAACGUGUGGAGACGGAUCGGGACAACCCUCGCUCGCACCGCAUGCUCUUGCCGAGCGGCUCGCUCUUCUUCUUACGUAUUGUCCACGGACGGAGGAGCAAGCCUGACGACGGCAGCUACGUCUGCGUGGCCCGCAACUAUCUGGGCCAGGCAGUCAGUCACAAUGCAUCGCUGGAAGUAGCUAUUCUACGUGAUGACUUCAGACAGAACCCAGUCGAUGUCAUGGUUGCAGUGGGCGAGCCCGCAGUGCUGGAGUGCCAGCCACCCCGUGGACAUCCCGAGCCCACUAUCUCGUGGAGGAAAAAUGGAUUGAACAUAGACGACAGAGAGGAACGAAUUACAAUCCGCAGUGGCAAGCUGAUGAUCACCAACAGCAGGAAGAGCGACGCAGGAAAAUACAUUUGUGUUGGAACCAACAUGGUUGGGGAGCGUGAGAGUGAAAUCGCCGAACUCACUGUGCUUGAGCGUCCAACGUUCCUCAAGCGGCCCAGCAGUGCAGUGGUGCUGGCAGACGGGAGUGUGGAAUUCCACUGUGCGGCUCAAGGUGAUCCUGUUCCGACGGUCCGCUGGAGGAAAGAUGAUUCUGAGCUACCUAAGGGCAGAUAUGAAAUCCUAGAAGACCACACUUUGAUUGUUCGCCAAGUGACCUCUUCAGAUGAGGGUUCCUAUACAUGUGUGGUGGAGAACAUGGUUGGCAAGUCUGAAACAUCUGCUAUGCUUACUGUUCACGUGAGACCAGCAUUUGCCUUACGCCCCAGAAACCAGGUGGCGGCAAUAGGAAGGACUGUCACCUUCCAGUGUGAGGCCACGGGUAACCCGCAGCCCGCUAUCUUCUGGCAGAGGGAGGGCAGUGAGAGUCUUUUGUUCUCGGCACCGCAGCCCUUCAGCCGUGUGUCAGUCUCCCAGAUGGGCAGUUUGACCAUCACCGAUGUUCAACAAUCUGAUGGCGGCCUGUACAGCUGUCAGGCUCUCAAUAUUGCUGGCAGCGUUAUUACCAAAGCACUGUUGGAGGUCACAAAUUCUGGCUCAGAAUUACCUCCCCCUGUAAUUAGACAGGGCCCGGUCAAUCAGACGGUUCCUGUGGACAGCACAGCAGUGUUGAGUUGCCAUACAGCUGGCAUGCCACCUCCGUCGGUACACUGGAAGAAGGACGGUGCCGUGCUGUCACCACUGGACACACGUUUGUCCAUAGCAGAAAGCGGCUCACUUGAGAUUCGCUACACAAAGCUUGGAGAUACCGGCUUCUAUACUUGUGUGGCUUCUAGUCCCAAUGGAGAGGCCUCCUGGACAGCAUAUUUACAAGUAGAGGAGUUUGGAGUCAUUGUCCAGACCAAUGGACCUUCAGGCCCCGCCAUGCUGCCUGGUGCCCCAACAAAACCAGAGAUUACUGACGUUAGCCCCACUUCUGUCACUCUUUCAUGGAAAGCCAGCACCAAUGGUGGUGCAACGCCUACAUCUUACCUAAUAGAAGCAUUCAGUCAUACUUUAGGCAGCAGAUGGGUGACCUUAGCCGAGCAUGUCCAGAUGCAGACUUUUGUCCUGAAGAACCUGAAACCUGGCACCGUUUACCUUUUUAUGAUCAGAGCUGUCAACGCUUACGGCCUCAGCGACCCCAGUACCAUUUCAGAUUCAAUCCGGACGCUCGACAACACUUAUACAGCUGAGGGAACAGACCCAAGUCACAUCCAGAGGGAGUUGGGGGAUGUGGUGAUCCACCUAAACACUCCCACGGUUGUGUCGUCCUCUGCGGUCCGGGUGAACUGGAUGGUUGAGCAGCACUCUGUGUACAUUCAAGGCUACAAGCUGUUGUACAGGCCCUCAGCUGAGCACGGUCAACCUGAGGGCCAGUGGACUGUCCUGGAUGUACGUGCCCCACAUAAGGACGGAGUGUUGAUCGGUCAGCUCAAGAAAGGCGCCAUCUAUGAGUUCAAAGUGCGGCCCUUUUUUGAUGAAUUCCAGGGAGCCGACAGUGAGGUGAAGGUGAUCAGAACGUUGGAAGAAGCACCAAGACGAGCACCUCAGGAUGUUACUGUAACAAAGAGCGAUACCAAUGGUACUGCAAUCCUCGUAUCAUGGAAAGCACCUCCAGUCCCCGAGGAGGCACAAGUCAUUCAGGAGUACAAGAUCUGGUGCCUGGGUAAUGAGAGUCGCUAUCACGUGAACCAAUCUGUUGACAGCUACACCUUCUCUGUACUGGUUCCCGGUUUGGCACCGGGGAUUCGCUACAGUGUAGAGGUCGCGGCAAGCAAUGGUGCCGGACCUGGGGUCAAGAGCAAGGUCAUGUUCUUUCAGUUUGACUCUGCUGGUCAGAUGAUGGAUCUGAGUGACGAAAAGGACACAUUGUCACACAUUUCAGACGUGGUGAAGCAACCAGCAUUUAUUGCAGGCAUUGGCGCCACCUGCUGGUUCGUUCUUAUGAUUUUCAGUGUCUGGCUGUACCGUCACCGCAAGAAGAGAAGUGGCCUCAGCAGCACGUACACCGGCAUCCGCAAGGUGCCAUCGUUCACCUUCACACCAACAGUUGCAUAUCAAAGAGGAGAAUCUGUGUGCAGCGCUGGCAGGCCCGGCCUUCUCGGCAUGGGUGAACCUCUGAACCAGUUGUGGCUGCCGGAUAAUUGGCCGAAUGCAUGCGCCAAUCAUAAGGACUGCAGCAUCAACUGCUGCAAUAACGGUAACGGCACCAGUGACAGUAACAUGACAACAUACAGCCGACCAGCCGAUUGCAUCGCCAACUAUGGAAAGCACCCAGACAACACACACGGGGGACAGCUUGGCUCAGAGACUACUUUUUAUACGGAUGUCAACUUCAGCAACAAGCUCAAUGAAAUCAAGACAUUCAACAAUUCCAACCUGUGCUAUGCAAGUCCCGGAGGAGAUUCCUCAGAUGGCUAUGAACCGAUCCCCUAUGCUACCACCCAACUUAUUCAGGCCAAUAUUAAAAACAAGACUCAUACAUCGGAGUCGAUGAACAUGCCCUGCUGGAAUCAGCCACCAAAUCCUCCUCCACUCCCAAAAGAGAUGGCCACACAGAUGCAAUACAACAUCAUAGAGCAAAACGUUCGAAAUAAAGAUCAUCUAGAAGGAAAUGAAGGCUUAGUACAUCACAAAAGCAGCCCCUACAACCAUAACCAAGAUCACAGUAUGGGAGGCUCGCAUCACAGCUCAGACAGGGGUAGCAACAGCACCUCAGGAAGUCAAAACCAAAAGAAAGGACCUCGGGCCAUGAAGACUCCAAAACAUACUGCGGUUAGCUGGGGAGAUGCUCUUUCUCCUCCUCAUGCUAUUGCCUGGAACGGUGAUGAAUACAGUCUCCCCAUGGAGAAGAGCUAUGAUCCAGAGAAAAGAACAGAAGGCUGCCCAAUUCCACCAAUUAGAGGGGCAGCAUCAUCUCCCCCUGACAUGUCUAAUAGUUGCCAUACUGCCACACAUCCACACGGAAUCAUGAGCAAUGGUGUGCAUGAUGGAAACAAUCAUCUCAGCUCCAACCCUCUGUACAUGGAAAGUGAUGAACAAGACGAGGACGCGGAAGACGAGACAACGCUUACCGAAAACCACUACCAUCUGCACAAAAACCAACAGCACAAACAAAAGUUGCCUCAUAACUCCCCGCACAAACUGCUUUUCCACAGGCUGGAACAGACCCCAGCCUCCAGCACAGGGGAGCUGGAUAGAUCGGUCACAGGGUCCAUGGUAAACAGCUGGGGUUCUGCAUCUGAGGAGAACUUAUCAUCAGGCAGGUCCAGCAUUGUCAGCACCUCAGAAGGAUCUUUUUUCACGGAUGGAGAUUUCAGCCAGCCAGAAGGCGUGCGUAUGUGCAGAUACCCAGAGGAGUCAGGGCAGCGACAUCAGCGGCCCAGCAGUCCCAUGUCAACAGACAGCAACAUGAGUCCUGCAAUAAUGCAGAAAAGGCCCAGAAGGUUUAAGCAGAACCAGUGUGUGCAACCAAGCUACCAUCCCAAAGAUGUCUUCAAUGACGAUUCGUUCAUGCCUCUGAAUUUCCCCAGUCAAAUGUCCCAUAGCGACUCGAGAGAAAGGGGGGCCACCUUACCCCGGAUGGGAUCUGGAGAAACCCGAGGCCGAAGAGGCAGCACCGGGACUCACCGGGUCAGAGAGGCUCCAUUUGAGGAGGGAGAGAGCCAGGUCAUUGACAAGAUUCAACCAAGCGGAAAUGAAGGUGGCAAAAGCAAGCAACACUCAGGUCCAGCUGAAAAUGAGCCUGAUGACCCCAAUGCAUCCAGCUUUAUACUUUAUGAAGACUCGAGGAUCAAACACAGAGGACAGAUGGAGUCUCCGGUAGUAGAUGAGUUCCUGAGAAGCUGAGAAGCCUUUUGAUGACACCAUAACAGCUGCUCCGACAGCUGCCUCACUGAACGACUUGGGGUCGGUGGUGUGGGCAAAACUAAAACAACAAACACAACUAGUAAAUUACUGCACAAUAAAUGCUGUUUUUUUUAUAUUGAAUUUCUCAAUCAAUGUUGGUUUGAAAAAAAAAGUGUUCAUGUUUAUGUCUGUGGACUUUAUUCUGGCUGACCUGAACAAAAGGCUCAGCCGAUGAUGUAAGAUAAAUGCGCACGUUAUGGCUGAUGUGAUUGUCUACAAAACUAUUCUUCAUAAUGAGCGUUACUUGUGUAUUCUAAAAAAAGCUUGUGUCAUUUCCAGACAGCUUGUAAAUUGUUGACUGCCACAGAAGUGCUUCAAAUUGAAAUUUUAUGUGACAGUGUUAAUGUUUUCUUAGUGAUGUACAUCUUGCGUCCUUGUAUGGUUUGUUCUACUUUGGGUUAGAAAAGCACAAUCACUUAUUUUUCUGAUCAUAAUUGUACGCAUUUUGUGGAAUUGUGUAAAUCAUUUGAUCUUUUGACUUGAUUCAAAGAAAAUGAAUGUUGAUCUCAAUUGUGCAUCCAGUUGCGUACAUUUUAAGCUGCUUUCAGUCAGAAGUGAGAUCUCUGUUUUUGAGUAUUUUUUUGCAUGCACAUUAUCCUAAUGGAUGGAUUACUAAAAUAUUCUGCUCCUGGACCUUUAUUUUAUUAUUAUAAUUAUUUUCAUUCACCUGCUUUUUUUCCCCUCACUUGACCUUGUCCCAAACUUUUUAAAAUUAAAUCUACUGUCUCCAUUCUCUUAUUACUCAUCCUGACCUAAAUGGAUUCAUAAAACAGUUUGCCAGUAAAUUGAUUAAAUGUCAUUAGCUUGGGAAAUCAGAAGGGUUAGCCUCAGUAUGAUACAAUUGCUGUACUCCAUGACAGUAAUACAGAACUAAGUGAAUAUCAAAGUGCACCUAAACAAUAUCACAAUAUUCAUUUAUGAAAGAAAAAAUGAAAGUCAAUGCUACCUAUAAGUCACCUUGAAUGACAUAUUCCAGAAUGGUAAACAAAACAAAACCUAACAGGUCUAUUUUUGUCAGAUGCCUAUAAUGCACAGGAACAACUAACGGUACUCUGUCAUUUGAAGUAAACCCAGUGAUCGUUUCUAAUUUCCAUUCGAUCGCUCUCUCUGUGAUUUGCCUUGCUGUGCUCUGAUUUUAGGUUUUGAAGAAUAAAGUCACAUGCUUACAAUUUC